ACAAUAGUGCACGAGUCGAACUUUUGAUGAUGAAGUGAAGACUCCCGCCGCUGGAGCCGAGUUGGAGCUUCGGGUUUGGAAGUGCGAGAAAGAAAACAUUUAGAGGAAAAUUGGCAAAGAGCAGGAUAACGCAAGCAAAGUCCUUGAGAGAAGCAUGCCUGUUACUUCCCAUGGCUCUGUGCACUCGGACCCGAAACCUGCAAGUGGUGGACACUGAGUACAGUGCUGAUGCUGUGGAGUGGUGCCCCACUGCCGCUGGCAUUCAUUCCUGGCUUUGUGGCACUUACCAGCUCCAGAAGUCAAAUGGACCUGGAGUUUGCCCGGAGUCGCACACCCUGUGGGGCCGCUUGUAUUUAUACCACUUCAAGCAGGAGGACACAUUUGGAUCACCACUGACAGAAGUGCAGCGAAUAGAAACUCCUGCAAUCCUUGACAUUGAGAGGUGUCAUGCUGUUCUUGGAGAGAGUCCUUUGCUUGGAGUUGUAGAUGCCAGUGGGACCCUGACGUUGCAUCAGCUGACUGCUAGCAAGAAAUCCAGCAGUGCUCUACAGCCGCUUGUCAGCCUGCAACUCGGUCCCGAUAGGCUGGCACUGUCCAUGGACUGGUCCACCGCGAGGGAGACAAGCAGCUCUCCAGUGAGGAUUGUGUGCAGCGACUCGGAGGGAUGCGUCAGCGUUGUGUCGGUGGGAGGCCCUGCUGUGUCACUUGAACUGCUGUCACAAUGGAAGGCCCACGAGUUUGAAGCCUGGGUAGCAGCAUUUGACUACUGGCAUUCAGACCUCCUUUAUUCAGGUGGAGACGACUGCAGACUGAAAGGCUGGGACGUCCGGGUUGAUCCAUCCUCACCCGUAUUCUCAAGCAGGAGACACUCUAUGGGUGUUUGCAGCAUGCAGAGUAACCCUCACCGUGAGCACGUCCUUGCCACUGGGAGUUACGAUGAGCACAUUCUUCUUUGGGACACCCGCACUAUGAAGCAACCAGUGGCUGACACGUGUGUGAAAGGAGGCGUCUGGAGACUCAAGUGGCAUCCUUCCAGUGAGCACUUGCUCCUGGCAGCGUGUAUGCACAAUGGAUUUCAUAUCCUGGAUUGCAGAGACGCACUGGGUGGAAAGGCCCAAGAGGGCAGCGUCGUCACCAGCUACACCCUUCACAACUCCCUGGCAUACGGAGCUGACUGGUCCCGGCUGAGUCUGCUGGAGUUUUCCCCCCACGAGGGGUCUGGUGAAACACAAGCAGAAGCCCAGCUGCAGGGCAGUUAUGUACGCAUCCAGUACGAGUCUCCAACUGGCAGCUUCGAUACGGACCUGGAGGAUACCCUUGGGCGUUAUAUUCCUGACCCCGUGAGUGCAGCUAAGGAGUUGUCGGGGGGCUCCUUAAAUUGUGGCCUUGGAGAGAGAGACGUGGUGGCCACCUGCUCCUUCUAUGACCACGUGCUGCAUGUGUGGCAGUGGGACUGCACUUGUGCAACGUCUCUUGGUGACGCCACAAAGCCCUCUGCUGACCUUUGAGGGGCUGUGACAGGGUGGGGAGUGUGGGGGGGUCACCCUUGUAAGGAAUCUGAGCAGUUUUUAGAUAGUGGGGGCGUAGGCAUUGAAUGGCAAU